AUGGCAAACAGUUUCCCCUUCCGGGUUCUUCCAACCAUCGACCCCUCUGCGGGGCAUACCUUCAUCACCCCCAGCAAGAGAAUCCACGAAUCUCAAGAUGUAUCACAGUUCCUCGUCUCCAAAGCCUACGUCGAUAUCAUGACCUUCCUCCUACAGCUCAACCGGGCCAUGAUCCCCGUCAAACUUGCCGACGGCACUGUACAAUCCUGGCCGAUCAACACAGACGCCGUCGAGUUCUCCGCACCUGUACGGCAGCUCCAGCUGCUCCUGACAAAACUGGAGGAGCUUCUCGAAGAGGCGCCGCCUGAUACCGGUCCUCGGAGGUUUGGGAAUAUUAGUUUCCGCAGGUGGUACGAGCUCGUAGAGAGCCGAGCCUCGGAGCUCCUGGAGGAGUGUCUGUCGUCUGAGCUGCUGCAGGCCCGAUCAUCGGAUCCUAAUGGGGUGACCGCGGAGGUAGAACUCAAAGCGUACUUCUUAGGCAGCUUGGGGAGCCCUCAGAGGCUGGACUAUGGGACUGGACAUGAGCUGAGCUUUCUGGCUUUCCUGGCUGGGAUAUGGAAGCUGAAUGGGUUUCCGAAGACGACACCGGGGGUGGAGGAGAGAGCUAUCGUCUUGGGGGUCAUACAGCCAUAUCUAGAGUUGGUGCGAACCAUCAUCAAGCGGUACACGCUCGAACCGGCAGGGUCGCAUGGCGUCUGGGGACUGGACGACCAUUCCUUCAUCCCGUACAUUCUGGGAUCUGCGCAACUGGCGCCAGCCAUUUCAGAAACAGACCCAACACCUGAAGAAGGCUCGCUUGCAGGUGCUCCAUCGCCCAGUGGUGUCGCCAAAGCACAUAUCGUCGAACGAGAAAGGUUGACAAAUAUGUAUUUCUCCGCGAUUGGGUUCAUUUACGAUGUCAAGAAAGGCCCAUUCUGGGAACACAGCCCUAUGCUCUACGACAUUUCCGGCAUUCAGGCUGGUUGGGGGAAAAUCAAUAAGGUUAGUCUCGUUGCGUUUGCUCGAAUUGACCGAGUGCUUACUCUUCAGGGUAUGAUCAAAAUGUACAACGCGGAAGUACUAUCCAAGUUUCCCGUCGUGCAGCACUUCCCCUUUGGCUCCCUCUUCCGCUGGGACCGCGAUCCAAAUGCCGUCCCGCCCCCGACGUCCGUUCAUACAUCUACCGCUCAGUCUCAGUCUAGGGAGCCAGCGGUUCCAUCUGCAGGACAGAUGCCGUCGUCGGGGACCAGGGCACCCUGGGCAACUGGUACUCAGGCCGCCCCGCCGGUUGGUGCAGGGACCGCCGCACCAUGGGCAGCAAGGAGAGAUGGAAGCAUCCCCGGAGAACCACCUACUUCCCUUCCCGAUACGUCACGACUACCCCCUGGUUCUAUGGCCCCUACCAGAGCUCCGUGGGCAGCAUCGUCUGGCGGGCAGGCACCCGGCGGUGAUUCAACCCAAGCUCCUACGAAAGCUCCCUGGGCAAAGUAA